UUGACAUAAAUUACAAUCGUUAUAAUUUAGCUCUGAUAAACUGUAAAAAAUAUAACAAAUAUCAAAAGAUAAUUAUUUAAUUUUAAUUACAGUUAAAUUUAGAGCAUGGCUGUACAUUAAACCCUAAACCUACCUUGGCCACUAUCCAAUAUCCAUCUAUUGAAAUUAUCAUGUAUGAUUGACAAAGAACAUACCAUAACAUAUUUUUUACCACAUUUUAUUUUAUAAAUGCUUGUCGAAAUGGAAAUAAUACAUGAAUCUCUUAAGUUUCAUACUCUUCAAAUUGGAAUUGAAGAUUUACCUGAUGAAGUUCUUGAAUUUAUCCUUGGUUUUUUACCUCCAUACAAAGAUUUGCAAAACUGCAUGACUGUAUGUAAACGAUGGUGUCAUUGUGCUCAAAGUGUUUUACGUAAGACGUCAAUUAAGUUAAUCAAAGCUGUUGGCGAAUUCAACAUUGUAUGGAAAAAUAUUGCAUCAACAGAGUAUAUUGUUCCUACAAUCACCAAAAGAUUCUCCCAUGCAGCAUGUGUAUUAGAAAAUAAUAUGUACAUAUUUGGUGGAUGUACAACAAACGCCACAUCAUUUAAUGAUUUAUGGAGGUUUGACUUAUCCCAAAGGCAAUGGGUACGACCCUUAGCAACAGGAACAUACCCUGUACCAAAAGCAUACACUACCAUGGUACAUUAUAAAGAAUGGUUGAUUGUAUUUGGUGGUUGGACAUAUCCCUCUUUUUCCCAAUAUUACCAAAAUGUUACAAUGUUCAAUGACAUUCAUUUUUACUGUGUGAAUACAAAUAAAUGGAUACUCAUUAAUACAAGCAAUCCUCCACCACCAAUGGCUGGACAUUCAGCAUGUAUCAAAGGAGAUGAAAUGGUUGUAUUUGGAGGAUUAGUUAUGUCAGCAGCUCAAAAUUUCCAAAUUCAAUGUUCAAAUGAUGUGUGGGUACUUGAUAUUGUAACAUUUAAUUGGAGGAAACAAGCUACAACUAAACCAAGACCCCCACCCAGAUAUGCUCAAUCGCUUAUUAGACUUGAUUGUGAACGGCUUAUGCUGCUAGGUGGAGUACAGACUCUCUAUAAUAGAUUUGUUUAUAGUGACUGUUGGAUUUUAACCAUGAAAGGGCCUACUUGGACUUGGAAAGAGAUUGCUGUAAAAAAUAAAGAAUGGGCUUCGGCUAACAUUUGGUGUAAUCCUGCUUGCAAAGUGGGAGACAAAGUUGUUAGCUUAAGUAGAAGUAGAAAUGGUUGGAAUACAGCAAAGCCACUUGUUACAUCUGCUGUAAGAUUAUCAAAUUUAGGUAGACCUGAGGGAGCACCAGUUUCUGUCAGAGUGGAGCAAAGCCUACAGAGGCCCUUAGAUAGAGACCAGAACAUAAAUGGGAGACGAGGUGUGUUACCAAGGCAACCAAUGCGGAUGCAGGGGCAAAUAAAUCAACCUGCAGAACCGGUGGCUGGGCCAAGCAAUAAUCAAAAUAAUAAUGAUCAAGUACCUAAUGGCAAUGCAGAGCCAAUGGUUGCUAGUUCUAGUCAAGAGUCCAAAUUAACAGGUGGUGGCUUAGAUUUUAAUAUGAAAGAUUCAACACUGAGAAGAAAUAAAAACAAGAAUAAAGGAAUGAAAAUUGUGCGUCAGCUACAGGAGGCUAAUAAAUAUAGAAUGGCUGCAUUUGCAUGUGACCCUGCUUACAAUAAUGCUCCACCUGAAAAUGAUCUUAUCAAUCAAAGACAAAUUGCACAUUUAGAGAACAGAUUAGAUGCAGGUAAUGUUCAGGAAGAACAGCCAGCAAAUGAACCCCAAAAACCUGCAGUGAAGAAAAUAAAACGAAAUACGUUAACUAUGCAUGUACUGGACAUCUCAACAGUAGUUAGUGGUAAUUCUAUGAAUUAUGUGUCUUGGUUAUGUCCCCGUUUAGGUGAAAUGAAUGGGGCACCUGAGGAGUUAGUCAUGUAUUCAUUAGUUAAGGGAAAUGGUGAAUUAAUCAUGUUUGGCGGUGUUCAUAACGACAUUAGUAUAUUAAAUUAUACAGAACAACAAAAUAUGUAUUCUAAUUCAUUACAUUUUAUCACACCUCCAAGAGACAUAAUUUGAAGUGAAUUAUGUCUCAUAAUGAAUUGUACUAAUUUCGUUCAUGUGGUAAACUAAUUUACAAAAUAUGUAAAGGUGAGUAUCGACUUCGCGCUCCAAGAGAUCGAACAUUGGCGCGCGCUCCAGCCGCGUGAAAUGGAUCAGCAACCAGCUCUAUCAAGUUAUGCAAGUAAUCAAAAUCUUCUGUAGACAUUCUUGUGAUGUUUUUUAUUGUGUCUUCUAUCACUUCAAACUGCAUAUCUCUUAUAAGUGUCACUCCAUAGUGCAUUCUUUUUCGGUACAGCUCUUUUAUCCACCAACGCACUUUUCGUUUCUGUUUUUUCUUUCUUAUUAUGCUGUGUAUAAUUACAAAAGCUGCUGCUGCUGGUACACGACUAGCUUCCAUGAUGAACGGUCAAACACUGGAACAGUUGCCACGCGCGCCAGGCGCGCUUAGUUGAUAUACUUCAAUUAUUUGGAACGCGCUCCGCGGAACGCACUCUCGGCGCGGACAUUCAUGGCGCGCGCGCCAGGAGCGCGAAGUCGAUACCCAGCUUAACAGUCAUAAUAUAAAAAGUCAAUGCAAUGAAUGUUAUACAUAAAAAAUAUAAUAUGCCACCCAAAAGGUUUCAAACUUUGCUGAUAAAAUAUUAUGUAUUUUUAAUGAAAAUAUAUGUCAAAAUGUUACAUUUAUAUAUAAAAUGUAUAUAAUUUAAAGAUAUAUACAUGCUUUAAUUGGAAUGAAAACUAAUAAUUUGAGUUGAUGUGGCUUGCUUUGCUGAAGCUUUUUAUAAAAAGUUGAAUGAUGCUUGUGUAUUUAACAAAAAAACUCUACCGUUACCAAUUUAAUUUGUUUUUACUUUAUAAUUACUGGAAAUAAAUUUAUUGUUUUGUAAUCUUAUUGUAAAUAAACUUCAAUUGUACAUAGAUAAACAAAUUGAAACAACUCA